GUCUGUUACCGAAGGAUACCCUGUCAACUUUAGUUGCGCGGCCUCAGGUGUUCCAACACCAACAUUUGUCUGGGAUCUUAAUAAUGGUGACCUGCCAUCUGGUAUCCAUCAGACUGAUCAAGAAAGAGAGUCACUGCUGGAAUUGCCACAAGUCACAAAAGAGAUGGAGGGGACUUACACGUGCACAGCAAAAUACAAAGACAUUUCAACUAGUUCCUCUGCAGCACUGAGUGUUCAUGGAAAAGCCUCUGCACAAGUUCUUGCAGAGACACAUCAAACACUCAUGUCGGGAGAAGUCCUCACAUUGACCUGCAAAUUCAACGUGGAAACCAUAAGCAUAACUUGGAAAAAAGAUGGAGAAUCAUUAAAUGAACGAGCACUUAUAGAUACCCGAUUAGAUGAGAGAAAGAGUACACUUGUUAUUACUAAGGUUGUGGAAGAGGACAGUGGUGAAUAUUCUUGUGAAGCAAGUAACAAGCCAGGAACUGUGGCUCGCUCUUCUGUGACAUUGGACGUAGAAGCCCCAGCAGCUCCUUCCAGCAGUUCACUGGAGUGGUACUAUAUUGGCGGACCUGUGGCUGCUUUCAUUUUCCUGCUGGCUCUCAAUGCAUACAUCAAAAACCGCCGUGCGACAGCUUUGCAAGAUGUGCCCAGUCGGUUGAAUGAGGAGCAAGAUGAAGUUGAAAUGGGUCAGGUAAACGUAAACACGGAUGAAUGGGAGAUUGCAGUUGACCGUCUGAACUUUCGCGAGCCUAUUGGCAGAGGGGCAUUUGGCUCAGUGUGGCGAGCGCUACUGGGUCGGUCCCGUGGCAGACGAGGAAAUCGUACCGUCGCUGCCAAGUGUUACCUGCCAAUCUCUGGAGAGGAAGGAAGGAAAGCCCUGCUGAGAGAGAUCGAGUUAUUGAAACUCUUUGGAAGAAUGGGCCAUGAGAAUGUUGUUAAGUUCAUUGGCUGUGUUACAGUUGGAGCUCAGCCAAUACUUAUCAUGGAGUACCUGUGGAGAGGUGACUUGCUGGGUUACCUCAGAAAAUCCAGGGGGGUAUUCGACCACUAUCAUCGUGGGGUCGGAAGGGUCGACCACUUGACAACAUAUGACAUGGUGCUGUUCGCUAAACAGAUCGCAAAUGGUAUGACAUUUCUCGCGUCUAGAGGGAUAAUUCAUCGCGAUCUUGCAGCUCGCAACAUCCUUCUCGAUGAGCAUCGUGUAUGCAAGUUGACUGAUUUUGGGCUCUCUUAUCAGGAUUUCAAAUACGGCACAGGAAAUGCCAAGAAGGGAUGUAUCCCAAUCAAAUGGAGUGCACCCGAGAUUCUUUACGGCCAUGUGGAACGGCUGUCAACCAAAAGUGAUGUGUGGUCUUAUGGCAUAGUCCUGUUUGAAAUCUUCACAAUCGGAGGCAUUCCAUACGAAGGAUGGUCUGAAACCACGAUAAUGAGAAAAAUCUAUCAAGGUUACCGUUUACCAAAGCCUGAACAUAUCGACGACAGUUUGUAA